UCUGAGCACAGAUCCACUACUUCUGCUACUUAAGUACAUGUGAGUCUUAGGCAGCCAGUCUAGCUUUGAUUAUUUAUGGCAGAAUUUGUUGACUAGACAUUUUACUUUGGGGCUGGAAGAUCUGAAAAUGCUCAUUUGGAUCAAUAUGCAGAAUACACAAUCAUCUGGUGUGUAUUGUCACUUAAGAUAGAGACGAAGGGAGAAAAACAUUGUGAAAUACCUUCAAUAUGGAGACGUUUGUACCAGCUGGCAACUAAAACAAACAGGCUUUUUGUAAUGUCAUCACUGAUACUUGUGCAGCUCCUUCUCCUGGGGUUAAGGGUCAUCGACAUCUCUGCAGACACAUGGAGACACUGUACAGAUUUGCUCCCUCUAGAUCUUCUGUCUUUUGUCCUCGAGAGGGACACCUCCAAACUCGUGCCAGGGGUGCACAUGAAGCAGGCUGGAGGGGUGAGGGGUGUACAUUUCUCCAGCCCUCAUACCUCCAUGAGCUUUCCCUCCUCCCAGCUGCUGGUGAACUGCGACCUCUUCCCAAAAGAAUUCUCCAUUGUUGUGACUCUGAAAGUCUCUCACAUUGCACCAAAGAGAAAUGAAUAUAUCUUUUCCCUAAUGGAGCCAAAAACACCAGAGAAAAGAGCAGUGAAAGGAAAGGAGAAUGAUGACAGAGACAUUUUGGAAAGUAAUAAGGAGAGGAGUAUCAGUGGAGAAGAACUACAAGGAGCGGAGAAAAAGAAGAAACAUGACAAAAGUAAUGAAGAACGUGGACGGAUCACCCUGGGAAUGAGGAUUUCGAGAAAAUGUCUGCACUUCCUUUUCAAGGUUCACGGAGGGGUCGUAGAGCACUGGGUGUUUCAAGGAACCCGACUAGCUGAUAACCAGUGGCACACUCUGGUUUUAACCAUUGGUCGUCAGCAUGUUAGGCUCACAGUGGACUGCAACUCACCGCUGGAGAUCACUCCCUCCAGGCCUUUCCCCUCAGACCUCAACAUUCAGGGAUCCAGAUUCCACAUUGGCAGCCGGGGGAGGUGGAAAGGCUUGUUUUCAGGCCUGCUACGUCAACUGGUUUUGGUGCCAGGUUCGGACGCCACCCAUCAGAUCUGCCCCUCUUCCGACCCCCAACUAGCCGCUCUGUCAGUACCACCACUUCUCUUAGACCUGCCUGUCAUGGGGAGGGUGGGUGACAGCCAUCUGACUUCCUAUGACAUGGAGGAGCGAGUGUCAGUGGGGUUGGAGCGUUCAUGCUCAGUGCUACUACAAGGCCAGCUGUGGUUCAAUCCGCUCAGGAAAGGCCUCUACCUCUGUGAUGGUGCUGUGUGGAUCCCUGUGCUAGAGGAUCAUAAAAGGCUGGACUAUGUGUUGGAACAUCAGGUCUUGAUUACCAGCUCAGAGACGCAUGAUGUAGAGGUUUUCCAGGUACCUGGCAUGGGUCUCAUGGCUGCUAUGGCUCACCGCUCCAAAGCCUCUGGUUCUGCUGUGUAUCUGUGGACCCACUCAGGAUUCAAACUCUACCAGAAUAUCACCACCAGUGAAGCCCUGGUUUGGAGACACUUCAACAUGGGAAAGAAAGUAUUUCUCGUGGUGUCUAACUCUGGAGGAGGGCUGCACAAUCAUUUCAACAAAGAGUCAGACUUUUCCGUGAUUUACAAGUGGAGCAAGAAAAGAAAACAAUUUGUGCGGUUCCAGUCUCUGCAGACCUACUGUGCCCGAGACUGGGAGGCCUUUAACAUCAAUCGCCAAACCUAUCUUGCUGUGGCCAAUCACAGACGAGGUAAUAAUAAUCACACUAUAGACAGUGUGAUAUACAAGUGGAACAGGUUAACAAAGUCUUUUGAGGUUCACCAGAUGCUGCCGACCUCAGGGGCCUAUGACUGGGAGUUCUUCACUGUCGGUCCAUACCAUUUCCUGGUGGUCGCAAAUGCUUUCGAUGGAAUAACCACAUCUGUGGACUCUGUCAUCUAUGUGUGGGUCAAUGGAAGCUUCCAGGUGUUCCAGACAAUUAAGACGUUCUGCGCCACAGACUGGGAAAUGUUUCAGAUUGGCAGCAGAGUCUUCUUGGUUGUUGCCAAUGGACACAGACUCCAUGGUAACGGACCAAGUCAAUAUGCCAUCAACUCCACUAUCUAUGAACUGGACAUGAAUGGACAGCUAUUUGUCCGCUUCCAGGAUAUAGUCACCUACAGUGCAGUGGACUGGGAGUUCUUCAGCCUCGGGGAGGAACAUUUUCUGGUUGUCGCUAACUCCUUUAACGGAGAAUCCUACUCUCUCAACAGCAUUCUCUACAGAUGGCAGGGAUAUGAAGGCUUUGUUCCUGUUCAUUGGCUCCCAACCAUUGGUUGCAGUGACUGGGAGUUUUUCAGCUCUAAAGGAGAAUCAUAUCUGAUCUACUCCAGUGCCAAAGCACCUCUCUCCAAAGUCUUCAAGCUGAAAACCUAUUAGGCAAAAAGAGAGCGUGCACAUAGCUUUGUGGGCUGUAUUGUGUGUGUGUGUGUGUGUGUGUGUGUGUGUGUGUGUGUGUGUGUGUGUGUGUGUGCAGAUACAUACCUUUCUUUGUAAGGUUGUACAUUGUCUUUUUGUGCCUGUGUUCCUGUGUGAGAAAAUGCUUUCAGUCAUGUUUAAAAUGUGUGUGUGUCUGUCCACAAUUUCAGGGCCAACCUUGAUUACAUACAGUCGAGGCUAUUGCAACCAGACCAUGUCCCUAGUGUUGCUGUGGGGGUUGUCUUGCAGGUUUCAACAACCUGAGGAGGACUUCAACAGUUACACAGAAAUUGAAUGGUGGAGUUUGAAGAAUGAUUCUGAUAUUCCUUAGAGUAAAUAUCUUUAAAUUUUGUGCUUUUAGGAAGGACAAAUUAAAUUAAACUGACUCAUGACAAAAAAUAUUUAGUGUUGUUAGGAGAGGGUUUCUAAACUGCAUUUUGACAUACCUUAAUUGACUUAAAUGACAAUUUAAGUUAACAGUUAAAUUCAUAAAAUGAGAAAAAAGUGUAAAAUAAUUAGAAAAUUUCAAACUUUUUUGAGGUGUUUACUGUGGCUAAACUGUGGGGUUUUGGCUGGGGGAAUUUGGUAUAAGGACCAACCAUACAUUUAGUUACCUCGCAACAUCAGUCAUCAGUGCUAGGUUAGCAAUGUUUUUAAAACAAGUAAGGUAUGCAGAAGAUUUCUAUGAGAAUAUGUCCAUUUGUGUGCAUUUUCUCAACUCAAGGCAGCCUCUGUAAGAUUCCUAUCUUUCUGUAAAAGCAUUUUAUGUUGAAAUGGUAUUUAACAUUUCGUGUAUCAACUGGAAUGUGUUCUCUCAAAGAACAUGAUUUUUUUUGCC